AUGAUUUCGAUUGUUGCAGGAGGUGCAGGCUUGCUGAUUGGCCAUCCGUUGGAUACGGUUAAGGCUCGAUUGCAAACCGUUAGCACCUAUGGUGGAAUGGAAAUGGCUUAUGAAUGCAGUGGAGUUCCAGGUUUCUGGUCUCUACAAAGGAAUGCUGGUGCCGUUUGCAACAGUCGGGGUGUUGCACUCUUUGCU